AUGUCACUUUUAAAGGAUUCUACAGUAGCAGUUAUUACCGGGACGUCUUCUAAUUUGGGGUUCAAUAUUGCAGUUCGUUUGUUAGAGGGACUUCCAGACAACAAGGAAAUCACUCUUGUUGUGACUUCGAGAACAUUGCCAAAAGUGAAAGAAGUGAUUUCUGAUAUCAAAAAGUACAUUGUUGAAAAGAUUCCCACCAAAGUGAACAAGGUUGAAUUUGAUUAUUUGUUGGUGGAUUUUACUGAUAUGGUAUCAAUUUUAUCGGCAUAUUAUGACUUGAAUAAGCGAUACAGGCAUAUUGAUUAUUUAUUUAUCAACGCUGCCCAAGGUGUUUAUGGUGGCAUAGACUGGAUUGGUGCUGUUCUUGAGGUUUUGCAGAGCCCAAUUGAGGCGGUCACUAAUCCAACAUACAAAUUACAAAAGGUUGGAGUAGAAAGUGGUGAUAAAUUGGGAUUAGUCUUUCAAGCAAAUGUCUUUGGACCAUAUUAUUUUAUCCACAGAAUCAAACAUUUAUUGCAAAAAGGGGGGAAAAUAGUAUGGAUAAGUUCAUUGAUGUCAAGUCCAAAGUAUUUGUCUUUCAAUGACUUACAACUAUUGAGAUCACCAGCAAGUUAUGAAGGUUCAAAAAGAUUGGUUGACUUGAUGCAUUUUGGAACUUACAACAAACUAGAAAAAGAAUAUGAAAUCAAACAAUAUUUAGUUCAUCCUGGGAUAUUUACAAGCUUUUCUUUUUUCCAAUAUUUGAACGUUUUCACAUACUAUGGGAUGCUAUUUUUGUUCUACCUUGCAAGAUUUUUGGGAUCCCCAUAUCAUAAUAUUUCUGGGUAUAUUGCUGCUAAUGCUCCUGUUGCUGUUGCUUUAGGUCAAACUAAACAAAACUUCAAAAUCGCUUCUGCUUGUACUAGAUCUGGUAAAGAAUAUUUGUUAGAGGAAGAGAUUGAUAGCACUGGCCUGGAAGACGUUGUACUGUAUUUGGACACACUUACCAAAGAAUGGGAUGAGAAGUUAAAGGAUCAAAUAGUAAAUACACGUCAACCUUGA